AAGCCACUUUACUUGUAGCUCUACUGCCUGUGCUUAUCUUAUCUCACAAUAUAUCAUUGCAACUUUCUCAACUCUCUGGUGGGCCUUUUUUCUAAAUGAGAAGAACGGCCAUAAGAGGAGCAUUAGAGAAAGAAUCAUGGCCUCGGAUAUCUCCGGCUUAGAAGCUCGGUAUGUUGAUUCUUGCAGGAAGCAUGACACUCUACCUAACUCUACAGUGCUAUCGUGGUUCUCUGAGGAAAGUUUUCUUAUUUCAACUUGUCUUGUUGGUGUUCAGGCCAAGAUUCGGCACUCUUGCCAACAGAAGUGUACAUUUGUGGUUUUAUUAAAUAAGUUAAAGAAUGCUGACAUCUCUCCUCUAAUUGAAAUGUUCCGGGAAAUUGACUCCUCUGAUAUUGAUGCUGUGGAUAUAAUUCAUAGAGCACCUUGUUGCUUGAAAAAGGAAGAGAUUAUGUCUUUGAUGCAUGCAAUUAACCAAAAGCUCCAAUUAGUUGAUCUUGGCCAGAUGGCACUGACAAAUGAUAUUUUGCGGGAUCUCUGCCAUGGUGGGUUGGCAUGCCGUGUCCUUAACUUGAGGUCAACCAAUAUCAGGAAGCUGAACAUGGAUGGAAAAUUUAUGCAUUUAAACACCCUAAAUUUGGACUUUUGUACUUCUCUGACUACUUUUCAUGAGGACUGUUUCUCUUGCAUGCCAAAUUUGAUGUGCCUUUCAAUGUGUGAGACUCGAAUUUCUAAUCUCUGGACAACUACUGCUGCCUUAUCAAAACUCCCUUCUAUAAAGGAACUACGAUUCCAAAAUUGUUUGUGUUGCAAGCACACUGGGGCAUGUCCUGCAUUGUCAAGUGAGAAUGCAAAUGGUGAUGCAACAUCAGUUAGUGGUGCAGAUGUUACAAAUCAAGCCUCUGCUGUUGAUGACAGCAUAAAAGAUAGUGAGAAUCAUCACAGAUAUAAGAAUUUGUCAGAUACUUGUACAGUUGAGCUUUCAAGUGACCUUCAGAGAAUGAAUUUAUUUGGGCUAUCCUCUGAUGCUAUUCCAAAUUUGAGUGGAUGUGUUGAAAUACCAAAUAAGAUUCUUGACAAUCAUAAGCUUCUAGUAGGAUUGCAUAAGCAGGAUGUGCCAAUUGCUACUAGUAAAUUAAAGACUUAUAGUUCCCACCAUCCUUCACCCAUAUGCUUUGAGAAACACUAUCGGGAGUACAUGGUUGCAUCAUUACCUCGUUUAGAAGUUUUAGACAAUAUGCGCAUAGUUAAGAUGGAAAGAGAAAUAGGAAAGUAUGUCUUUUGUAAAUACUUUGAAUACUUGCCAUAUGGGAGAAAGCACAAAGAAAGUAUGGUUAAUGUUUUGCAGAAGCGUGAAAUAGGAAUAAGUGGUGCAUAUUGUCAAAACUCUUCAAAGCUAAAUAAGUCUAAUCCUUGCAGAAAGAGUCAGCAUUCCUUCUCAAGGUCACUUAGUGCUGCUAAGCUUGGGUCUUCUGCAUGGCCACUCAUUCAUCCAUUAUCAAGUUUUAGCCAUGUAUAUAAAGAAGAAAAUAAGAGGCUUCGUCCAAGGCAAUUUGAGUAUCAUCCAUCUAAUUCUAGCCUUAUGGCUUUUGGAACAUUGGAUGGUGAAGUUGUUGUUAUCAACCAUGAAAAUAGGAAUAUUUCUAAUUACAUCCCAUCCAUAGGAGUGAAGAACAGUGUUCUGGGGCUUUGUUGGCUUAAAAAGUACCCGUCCAAGCUUAUUGCAGGUUCAGAUAAUGGAUGCCUGAGGUUGUUUGACAUCAAUCAUCUGCCACAUACAGUUGCAGAUCCAUGGGAGAAUUCUGGUGUGGUCACUUUUAAAGAUUUUGAGCAGUUAACUUCUAUUCAUGUGAAUUCAACAGAUGAUCGUUUUCUUGCUAGUGGGUACUCUAAAAAUGUUGCCCUAUAUGACAUUAACAGUGGAAAACAGUUAGAAGUGUUCACUAAUAUGCAUGGAGAGCCCAUUAAUGUUGCCAAAUUUGCCCAUCAUUCCCCCUUUUUGUUUGCUACUUCAUCAUUUGACCGUGAUGUCAAAAUGUGGGAUUUGAGGCAGAAACCAGAACAGCCUUGCUAUACAUCUUCAAGCUCAAGAGGAAAUGUGAUGGUCUGCUUUUCUCCUGAUGACCUCUAUCUUCUUGUUUCAGCCGUGGACAACGAGGUUAAGCAACUGUUGGCUGCAGAUGGGAGGCUCCACAUGAAUUUUGACAUAACUUCAACAGGAACUGCAUAUAACUACACCCGAUCAUAUUACAUGAAUGGAAGGGAUUACAUUAUCAGUGGCAGCUGUGAUGAACAUGUUGUCCGCAUCUGCUGUGCUCAAACUGGAAGACGAUUAAGGGAUAUUUAUUUGGAGGACGGUGAGUCUGGAAAAUUUCUGUCUGUGCAGUCUCUAAGGGGAGAUCCCUUCAGGGAUUUUCACAUGAGUGUCUUAGCUGUGUCUUCACGUCCAAGCUCGAAGUGGGAGAUCAUGAAGGUUAACUUACUUGCCUCUAGUCACCGUGCUGAGGAAUAUUCUUACAGUCGGCCUAUACGUUCUUCCUACUGUCUGGGAGGUUGACUUGGUGAUGAUCCAUCAUUUUUUACUACCAUUUUUAUGUUUGUACGUAUAUAUGUAGAUAAUACGUAUGUCAUAAUUUGCAGGCCUUUGCUAUCUGUAUGCAUUGAGGGUAAGUCUUGAUUUUGUCCAAUUUACUCCCACUGAGUCGUCAAAUGCAUGCACUUGUAUUAACUUAACAGGCAUAAUUGAAACUGUGCUUGUAAAUGUUCCCAAUGAUGAAAAUUACACCUGAGGUUUGUUGCA